ACUCCAGUAAGUAGUGAUGAUGUUGUGGUUAUCCAUGCCGCCGACACCUCUCUUGAGUGUUAUCUCGUAAGGAAGACCUUCUGGGAGAGCUCUCCAUGCAUGGAGUUGUGCUCGGACCGUGCGGUGGCAACGCUGGAGAUGUCGCAGGACAAAAGCAACGACGAUGAGCCUUUUAGCAGUGACGGGAACUACGAGAGCUUGCCGCCUCAUGUCUCCGUGACGACCCACAUGACAGCGGGAGCAGUGGCUGGCAUACUGGAGCACACGGUGAUGUACCCCGUGGACUCUGUCAAGACAAGGAUGCAGAGCCUGCAGCCAGACCCAAAUGCGCAGUACAAGAGUGUAUAUGAGGCUCUGAAAAAGAUCAUCCGGACAGAGGGGAUCUUCAGACCGCUGAGGGGUCUCAACAUCACUAUGAUGGGAGCGGGGCCUGCCCAUGCGCUCUACUUUGCCUGCUACGAACGUGUAAAACGCUCGCUGAGCGACGUCAUUCAGAGCGGAGGCAACAGCCAUUUAGCAAAUGGUGUGGCAGGUAGUGUGGCCACUGUUCUCCAUGAUGCAGUCAUGAAUCCAGCUGAAGUGAUAAAGCAGAGGAUGCAAAUGUACAACUCUCCGUAUCGAGGACUUUGGGACUGCGUCCGGAGUGUAACGUAUACUGAAGGCAUCGGCGCUUUUUACCGCAGCUAUAGCACACAACUGACCAUGAACAUCCCCUUCCAGGCUGUUCACUUUAUCACCUACGAACUGAUGCAGGAACAGUUAAACCCCGAGAGACAUUACCACCCUGGUAGCCACAUAUUGUCAGGCGCAGCAGCAGGAGCUGUUUCCGCAGCAGUAACCACUCCACUCGAUGUGUGUAAAACACUGCUCAACACGCAAGAGAAUGUAGCGCUCAGCUCAGUGAACAUCAGCGGCCACUUAACAGGUAUGGCCAAUGCUUUCAGGACAGUGUACCAGCUUGGCGGUGCGGCAGGCUUCUUCAAAGGGGUCCAAGCUCGUGUUAUAUACCAGAUGCCCUCCACUGCCAUUGCCUGGUCAGUGUAUGAGUUCUUUAAGUACUUCCUGACAAAGCAGCAGGAGCAAGAGGCGGGACCUCGCCCACUCUAAUAGAAAGUGUCUUUGAGCAGCACACAGGUAGACUGAUGAUAGAAAAUUACAGAAAACUCCAAUGUGAAGGUAUGAGAGGUCUUUGCAUUUUUCCAUAUACUAUUAAGGAAAUAACGAGUCAUUUUCUCAUAAGGAACUCAUUGUGGUGCAGGCGUGUCAGAGAAACAGAGACGCACCUUACUGUGUGUGAUUUAUGAUGAUGGGUGAUGCUGCACAACCAUGACAUGCAACAAAGAUGACUGCUUUUUUAAAAAUUUUAAUAAAAGGACAGAUACUUGUAGAAGAAGUGAUAUUUUUCUUCCUCCACUACACAAACUCACCAACCCCAGCUGUUGUUUAUUGUUUGUAUUUCUUAAUAUUGGAACUCCAUAUUUAUUUUCUUAGCAUUUUGAAGCUUGUAUUUUAUGACUGUGGGAAAAAAACAGUGCUGUUUGUUUGUUUUUUAUUGGGUUUGUGUAUAUGUAAAGAACUAACACAACACAUUCUUUAUUUCUACGUCUCUGCAAAUGAGACUGUUACAUUUCCAAGUGCCUCAUAAGUAUAUAAAACCCUGCUUAACCCUUUCUUCCGUUUCUGUUCUUGACAUAGGAAGUCUUCUCAUAUUUACAUUUUAUUUGGUCCAAGCUAAAUUAAAUAAGCACACAGUUCUGUUAGAAUGAAUUCUUAGACAGGCUCUGUAUACUUUAAUCAGUCACAUCUGUUAAAUGUGCACAAUCAGCAUCAGUUCUCUUGUUUUUUGCUGUUUUAAAAUUAGAUACUAAAAACCUUCUUCGUGCCUCCCGAGAGAUCUUCCUUCUCUCUUGGCAUGAAGGUGUGUAGGCCGUAACGGUCCAGCUUUUUGCCUCAUUAAAGCACUGCAGUGCAUCUGAAUCACGCACAUUUUAAAGAACAUUCGCUGUUACUGAAGGUAGGCAGCUUGUGUGUAUAUAUGUGUUCAAAACAUGAAUACACAAUGAUGACUAUUUCUGAGAAACCUCUUUAUAGGCCUGUCAUGUGCUGCGGUGUGUAUUUGCUGGUGUGAUGGUUGGCUCUUAGGUGAAUCAAUGACCAUGAAAAUAAAAGUUGUAUAUUGUAUAUAAAAUGCAUUUUAUAUGUUCUGCUUUAACUGAACACGCACACGCUGUGAUGGAAAAUGUAACACGAUGACUCGGAUGUUGGACACACACAUUGUUACCAUGAGGCCAGUAGAAACUCGAUUGCAUCAGUAAGGGUAAGCAGGCAUUGUUAUUUCUUUUAUUUUCACUCAUCCUGUUGUAGUUACAUAUUUCCUGUGUGCUCUCUGCUCUUUUUGGCCUAUUGUCUUACUUUUGAUUCAGAAGUCGAGACGUUUUGCCAGAUCUUGAUGUAGUCCACAAAGCAGUCAGUUUUAUUUAUUAUUUUGAAUUAAGGAUGAUAUUUUUCUUACUUUGGAAAAGUUUGAUGUAAUCUCAUUGGUCUCACAACCCCCCCCCUUCCUUCAGUGACAGAGUCCACAUGUUUGUGCAGUCGGGUAAAUGAUAAUAAGCCAAAGACAACCUCGUGUUCUAUGCAUUCUCCUUUUAAUGUGUAUAAUGCUGCGUGCCUGCCUGCUGUGGAUUCUUAUUCCACCUUUUUCCCUGUAGUUUUCACUCAGUUGUGUUACACUUUUGUCAAAUUUUCUGUAUAAAUGUGGAACUCCAUGGAGUUCUGCGCAAACACAAUCAGACGUGUUUUUUUUUUUUUUUUUAAUUUGUUCUUUUGAAUGUCAUAAGAGGUAUCCUGAAAACUGCAGUGUAACCUAAUUUUUACUGACUGAUGUGGUUGAGUUGAAGUAGACAAAACAAACUAUUCAUAUUGAAUCGUUUUCACAUGGAUGGAUAAGAUGUUUUAGCAGUUUCAGUGGCUUGACAGAUCAGUCAGUCUGUUGCACACAUUGUGUUUAUUCUUUAGUUGGAUCCACUGAUGAAAAUGUCUGAUUUUGAAGUCUCCAUUAAUAACUGAGAAAUAAUGGUAGUGUCAAAAGUAUUUUGAAAUAAACACAAGCUCUAUGUGGGAAGUUAAAUAAUGUAAAUAUAUUUUUUUGCUGUUUUACACAUAAAGUGAGUGCCAUCUCCAGGGCAGGAAUGCUUGAAAGUUUGACAUUGCAAAUAUAAAAUGAUUGUGACAAUGCUGCUACGGUAUGCAACACUGGAGCUGAAAUAAACAAGCGAGAAAU